AUGCGUCAAAAGAGAGCUAAGUCAUAUAGAAAGCAACUUCUUGUCUACAGUCACACGUUUAAAUUUCGUGAGCCAUAUCAAGUUCUGGUUGAUAAUCAGCUGGUAUCAGAAUGUAAUGGUUCAAAUUUCGACCUACCGAGCGGGUUAAAGAGGACUUUGCAAGCCGAUGUAAAAGUCAUGAUUACACAGUGUUGCAUACAGGCAUUAUAUGAGACUAGAAAUGAAGGUGCAAUUGAUUUGGCAAAACAAUUUGAAAGACGUCGUUGUAAUCACUCUUUUAAAGACCCAAAAUCGCCAGCAGAGUGUAUCCAAAGUGUCGUGAACGUCAACGGCGCAAAUAAACAUAGAUACGUGGUUGCUUCGCAAGACAUAGAUUUAAGGAGAAAGCUGAGAACUGUUCCUGGUGUUCCUUUAAUUCAUUUAACUAGAUCUGUUAUGAUCAUGGAACCGCUCAGUACAGCAAGUGCUAAGGCAAGCAAGAUGACCGAAGAACAGAAAUUGUACAAAGGCCUCAAUGACCCAAACAUUGAAAAGGCAGAAGCAAAUAGCAAGGGAUCCGAGAAGGAAUCCACGCCCAAGAAAAGAAAGGCUGGCCCAAAGGCCCCCAAUCCAUUAAGUAUGAAGAAGAAGAAGAAAUCUGGUCCAUCAGACGAUGAGGUGAAAGACAAAGAUGAUGCUUCUAAAGACAAAAAAAGGAGAAGAAGGAGACACAAAAGCAAUGCUGAUGACUCCGUUGCAAGCGGAACACCGGUAGUGCAAAAACAAUCAGCCUCAGACUAG